GCUCUGGCCUUCGCGGGGAGAGGACGUGUGUGUGCCGACCCUCUCCCCUCUCUCUCUCCCUCCCUCUCCCCCGCUACUGCUGCUGCCGCCACGAGAGAGACACACACAUACACACACUCUCUCACUAACGCACACGGAGAAAGGCACGCACGCACGCACGCACGCAGCCAGCCAGCAAAGCGAGCAAGAGUGAAAGAAAAGAGAGAAAAAAAUAGAGAAAUAUAAAACUAAAAGCAGAAACACAAGUCGUAGAAAAUAUUUUAAAAAACUCACCAGGACAAGAGGAAAAGAGAAGGAGAGAGAGAGAAAGGAAAGAGGAAUAGGAAGAAAGAAAAAAAAAAAAAAGAAAAUAAGGCAAACAUUUGAAACCCAUCGCAUUCUUCUCUCGCUUCUUUUCCCGCGUCGAGUUGAGAAAAUGUUGAGAAAGGAGAAAAAAGAGAGAGAGAGAGGCACUGAAGACACAAAAUAAUACACCCCAUGAAAGUUACACGUACCAAUUUUUUCCUCAAUCUUUUUUUUCCUCUUCGUGUUUUACUUUUUUUUCCCCUUCCUUGGUGCAUGCCUCGGGUGUCAGCCAGCGCGGAGUGAGUCAAGGAUGAAGGAGUGGUGAAGGAUGACCGUGGAUGAGGAACACGAGGCCACGAAAGUUACCUCAUGACGAAGGAAGGAAGGAAGGAAGGAAGAUGACGACGGGAGGAGAAGAGAAGAGGGAGAGGUAGAAAGAGACUAAAAAAAAGAUAAAGAGAAUUGUAGAACUGGAGGUGAAAUUGGUGUAAGGGAGUGGAAUAAGCGAUAAACAAAGAAGGAAGUAUAGAAAUAAAGGAGGAACUGUGAAUAUAUUGAUAGGUAAAGCAAUAAUAAUGUGAUAAUUUAGUGGAAAUCGCGAAUUAUCAUAAGUGAAAUACAAAACACAACUUUUUUUUUUUAUUUCAAGUGUGUGAAAGUAAAAAAAAAGAAAAAAAGAAAGUAAAAGAUUAUAAAGGAAGAGAAAGAUAACAUGUGCAAGAUCAUCGUAAUGUGAGGAAAAGAGAAAAAGAAAAGGAAAAGGAGAGAGAUACAAAGAAGAGAGAAAAAAAGUUUCCUCAAAAAAUGAUGUUAGUGUUUUUUUCAUGUUCUCUGACUCACCUUCACUAGACAGCAGAACUACACAAUCAAGAAAGUGAGAGUGAGGGAGGAAGGAGAGGAUAGUGUUGCGUGAAGGUGUUGGUCGUCAGGUGUGUUGAGCGCCCAGGUGUUGAGAUGACAGUGCUCGGUGAUUGGCUGAGAAAGUAACGUUCAGGAUAUGACGUCACCAAGCCUCAGCCAAUAGCACGCCGCCGCCACACUGACAGAUGGCGCGGUCAGGGAGGGCCGCCGCCGCCCCUCACCUACUGACGUGGGUGUGGGCGGCGGCGUGGGCGGUGUGGGGCGUGCGCGGCUCCCCACAAGUAGGGCCCUGCACAUUUAAUCAUCUGUGCACGUGUAGCUACUCAAGUGACGCGCCCACCGCCGCCUACACUUACAGCUCCGCCCCGCCGACACCUGACCUCAUCACAGAGCUUACCUGUGUCGGCGUCCCCUUCGCCAGGAUCCCAGACAUCCCGCCGGGCCUGGUGAUGCAGAUGGACGUGUUGAACUCAGGCCUCGAGGUGAUCGCUGAGGAGGACUUCGGGGACACGCGCGUCAGCAACCUGAGGCUCAUGUCCAACAACAUCAGACUCAUCGCCGACAAGGCCUUCAGUGGCAUGAGUCAGUUCCUGCAGAGUCUGGACCUGAGUCACAACGAACUCACAAGUGUACCGCGCGGGGCUCUCUCACCCCUCAACAUUCUGGAGUGGUUCAACCUGCACGGUAACCACAUCGCGGAGCUGGCGGAGGAGGACUGGCUCGGGCUGCGGGACACCCUGGCGACGCUCUUCCUCGGCGACAACGACAUUGACCACGUGCCGCGUGACGUGUUCUCCCGAUGCAAGCGUUUGCUGCGCCUCAACCUGGACGACAAUAACAUCCUCACCCUCGAGCGGGACUCCCUCUCCAGGAACAUCCAGACGCUUAGCCUCAGCCACAACCUGCUCACGGGCUUCCCCUCAGAGGCACUCAGCAACAUCCGGAGCCUCACGUGGCUGUUCCUGCGCGGCAACCUGCUGGACCGCCUGCCCGACACUGGCUUUGUGGUGCAGAAGAAGCUGGACAAGCUGGACCUGGGCGAGAACUUCAUCCGCUUCAUCCCUAACAACUUGUUCAACGGCUCCCUCACGGUGCGGGACCUCCACCUCGACUUCAACCUGCUCACGGAGAUCCAGGAGCGCGCCUUCCAGGGCCUCAAUCCGGGCCGCCUCUACCUCUCCUCCAAUAACAUCUUCAACAUUAGCGAGGAGGCGUUCCUGGGAGGCCCCGAGAACUCCCUCGUCAUGGUCGACCUGGAGAAGAAUUCUCUGAGCGUUGUGCCCAAGGCUCUGUCGAGGCUCAAGAGACUCCGCUACCUGUACCUUCCUGACAACAAGAUCUCUGAAAUCAAGGACGAUGCCUUCUGCUCCUUCUGCGAGACCCUAGAGUCCCUGAGCCUGUCAGGGAACCAGCUGAAGGCCGUACCCCGCAACUCCCUCGAGAACUGCAGCACCAUCACGCACCUCAACCUCGGCCACAACCAGAUCGAGGACCUGCGCGAGGAGGACUUCGAGACUUGGGGCGACAACCUGGAGACGCUGGUGCUUCGCAACAACAAGAUCCAGCGCAUCCUGCCCCACACUUUCCGCUACACGCCCAAGCUGCGCGAGCUGAGCCUCUCCUUCAACCGCAUCGGCGACAUCACGGCGGAGUCCUUCAUCGACGUGCUCAACACCCUGGAGGUGCUGGAGAUUAGCUUCGGCUUCUACCGCGACGACUUCCCCGAGGAAGUCCUCAAGCCACUCACAGCUCUGCAGUGGAUCGCCCUCGACAACAACAACUUCAGGACCAUCUCGGAGACGGCGCUCUAUUCCUUCGGCGAGCUUCACUACUUCAACAUGGACUCGAACCGCCUCACGCACAUACCCAAGACGCUCUUCCACCAGAACGUGCACAAGAAGCUCAGCGACAUCCGCCUGGCGCUCAACUUCAUCGACCGCCUGGAGACGCACACCUUCCACCACCUGGUCAACCUGCGCACUCUGGUGCUCACGGGCAACAAGAUCAGGACGGUGCACUUCGAGGCCUUCAAGAACCUGCCCGUCCUCAGCACCAUCCUGCUCAGCGACAACCAGCUGGAGCACAUCGAGCCGCGGGCCUUCUCCGACCUGCCAGGCCUGGUGGAGCUUGACCUGCAGCAGAACAGGCUCAAGGAGUUCUCUCUGGCUGUGUUUGCCAACGUGACCACCUCCGUCACGCCGCUUGACGUCAACAUCUCCUACAACGACAUCCAUGAGCUGUCGGCGGCGUCCGGGCCGCACCCACAGGUGAUGAGCCUCGACGUGAGCCACAACGCCCUCAAGGAAGUGCCCAUCAACUUCCUGGGCGCCAUUGUGUUCUCGCUGCAGCGCCUCGACCUCGGAUACAACAAGAUCACUAAGCUGGACAGCACCGCCUUCGGCCACCUGCCGCGCCUGCAGAUGCUCAUCCUGGUGCACAACGGCAUCAAGCAGGUGAGGCCGCGCGCCUUCAGCUCCCUCAAGAUGGUGCAGCUGCUGGACCUCAGCCACAACCACGUCAAGAACCUGCCGCAAAACUGCUUCUCCGACACGUCCUUCCUGCGUGUGCUGGACCUCUCCUUCAACCACCUGCGUUCCCUGCCGCUGUCAGUGUUCCGCGGCACGCGCCUCGAGAAGCUGCAGCUGUCACACAACCAGUUCGUGUCGAUGCCGGUCACCAUCUUCAAGGACGUGGAGGAGUCGCUGCACUACCUGGACAUCUCGCACAACCACCUGGAGCAUCUGGACAGCACCAUGUUCUACAACGCGCCCAACCUCAUCGAACUGAACCUGGCACACAACAGACUCUCCAUCCUGCCAGACAACGUGUUCCUCUCCCUCACCGGACUCAUCACCCUCGACCUCAGCUUCAACCCAGUGCGCGCCAACUUCAAGGAGCUCUUCCACUACACACAGAACAUCCAGAAGCUGAACAUGGCGGGCAUUGGCUUCACCUCCUCCCCGAUCAUCCCUCUGCCCAACCUCAUCUCCCUCAACCUGUCCUCCAACGGCAUCACGGAGGUGGAGCAGCAGUCCGUGGAGACCCUGACGCGCCUCCGAUCUCUCGACUUGUCCCGCAACCAGAUCGUGCAGGUCAGGUCGAGGCUGUGGAGGUCAAUGGUCUACCUCAAGUACCUCGACCUGUCCUACAACCCCAUUGAGUCACUCACCAAGGACAGCUUCGGCGGGGCGUCCAACAUUGAGACUCUGGUGCUGAGUAACCUGGACAACAUUACCAGGUUCGACUAUGACGCUCUCUCCCACAUGACCUUCCUGCGAGAGCUCUACAUGAACACCUUCCCGCACAUCGAGAAAUACAGGUUUCGCGUGGGUCACCUGCUGGCCACUGUACACACGCUGCAGAAGCUUCACCUGGAGGUACGGGAGAAGGCGCUGACGGAUCAAAUCACAGGCGCCUUCGGUCCCAAACUAAAGGAACUGCACAUCACGGGGAAGGCGCUCAUUGAGAUCGACUCCAACACCUUCAAAGGAUUUCAGAAUAAACAUGAGCUGCUCCUGAGCAUUACGGACACUUCCAUCGAGUCCUUCCCUGACGGUCUGCUGGCUCACCUGUCCGACGUGGCCUACCUGUCACUGGACCUGCGGCGGAACCUCCUUAAAUACCUGAGUCCACAGGUGUUGUACGAAAACAGCUCCACGUGGGAGAGCAAGGGAACUACAUUUGUGGCAGGUGGUCUGGCGCUGGAGGACAACGAGUGGAGCUGUGACUGUUCCCUGGUGUGGCUCGGGCGGUGGCUGAGGAGGUGGCUGAGGGAGACGCUACUCAUCCACACGGCAGUACUCAAGGGCGCUCAGAGGGUACACACGUUAGCUCGCGCCGCCACGUGCUAUGAGCGAAGGACGGGGCAGAACGUUCCCCUUUUGGACCUCCACGCUGAGGAUCUCGGUUGUCAGGCAUCGGCCCUUAGCGACGCCAGUGAUGCUCCGCCCGUCUCCUCGCCCCUCCACCUGGUCAUCCUCUCCCUCAUCACGCUGGUGGUUGUGGGGGCGUGAUAGUGGAGGGCUGGAGGGUGGAGGAGGAGGAGGAGGAAGAGGAGCAGUAGUGACAGUGAAGGUCGCAUUUUGGAGGUGUCUAAAGGAGGAGAAAAAGUACAGGAAAAGAUGUGAGAUGAGAGUUUUGUGAAAAGUACCAGGUUUUUUGUGGUUCGGUUUUGUGACUACAGGUGACUUUGUGAUAUUGAGAGGAAGGAAUUGGGGGGGGUGGAGUGGGAGGAGAAGAAGAAGGGAGGACAUGGGAGCAGUGAUAGUAAAGAGAAAAAGGGGAGGAAAGGAAAGAAGAAAAGACCACACGCAGGAAGACAAGUGAGAGGAAGGAUUACGAAAAGUGUCAAAGAUGUGUUUUCAAUCGACAUGUUUUUAAAGAGAGAAGGAAGAAAGAACGGAAGAAAGAGGGAGGAGGAGGAGGAGGAGGAGGAGGAGGAGGAGGAAGGUGAAAUGGAGCAGUUACACCAGCAAAGAAGGACACGAGCAGGGAGAAAAAUAAGAAGGAAGAAGCAAAAGCACUAGAAUGUGUUUUCAGUGGACAAAUCUUUGAUUAUCACUUUGAGAAGAGAGACGAAAGGAACAAAGGGAAAAAAAAAGAGAAUGCAAGAAAGAAAGACAAAGAGAAAACACAGAAAGGAUUACAAAAAAAGACUUUAAAUUCAUAGGCACUGUAAUGAAACAAGACGACGAUGGAAAGAAAGAAAAAGAAGAGAGGAGGAGAGACAGAGGAUAAGGAGGAGGAGGAGGCAGGACAGAAGACACCGUUUGAGGAAGACAGACGAGAGGUGAGGAGGAGGAGAAGAAGUGAGAGGAAGAUGUGCUUGUGAUGAGUAGAUAAAGCAGCGACGAGACUUGGACCAGAAAUGACAAGAACAAGAGCGAGGCGAGGAACACACGAGAAGAAUACGGGAUGAAGAAC